AUUUUGGGCUUAUACAUUGUGGAUGAUGCGCUGUCUAUGGCCGAGAACAGAGACAUGCGAGCGUCCUUUUAUGUGCCUCCGCCCCGUUAAGAGUGGAUGUGAUGCACAAGUAUUGAAGAGCUAACAUUCACCAUGGAAGGUAUCACCACAUACACCAGUGACCUCCUCAAACCGGGAAGUACACGGACACAUAACCCCUCCCCGCUUCCUCUCUGUUCACCAAGCCCCAAUCUACCUCACGACUCGCAUACACAAACCAUAAACAAUUACUCUCUUCCCAAAUCUUUCUACGCAUCGAUACUGGAACAAUGGGCUGGCGCUGCUGCCACUGCUGCUACCACAACCGCGGCCCCAGCGACGAGAAGGCGCCGUGCCAGAACUUCUUCAAAAGACCGAGGUGCACGCAUGGCGUGUGUGAGCAGUGUGCACUGUUUAUUGCGAAUCCUCCACCAGCAGAAACUGAACGGAAGCAGAUACGUCGGCAGGGGAAGGAAACGGGCGGAGGAUGUGCAGUCAUGUAGACUAUCGGCGCAUAUGUUAAGAUCCGACCAGCCAGGGAAACAAAUGUAUUCGUUCCAGUAACAAGAGUGACAGCAAAUGCUACAGUAUGAAUACCAUUCACAUGUGCUGUGU